CACGGCUACCGCGCGUGGAGGAGACACGGCCCCGCGGCGAUGGGGGCCGGGGGCGCUCCUUCACGCCGCAGGCAGGCGGCACGGCGGCCGCGGGCCCUGCCCACCGGGAGCUUCCCCUUCCUCCUCCUCCUGCUCCUCCUGUGCAUCCAGCUCGGGGGAGGACAGAAGAAGAAGGAGAACCUUUUAGCUGAAAAAGUGGAGCAGCUGAUGGACUGGAGUUCCAGACGUUCCAUCUUCCGAAUGAAUGGCGAUAAAUUCCGGAAAUUUAUAAAGACGCCCCCGCGAAACUAUUCCAUGAUUGUCAUGUUCACUGCUCUUCAGCCUCAGCGGCAGUGUUCUGUGUGCAGGCAGGCCAACGAAGAGUAUCAAAUACUGGCUAACUCCUGGCGCUAUUCAUCUGCUUUUUGCAACAAACUGUUCUUCAGCAUGGUGGACUAUGACGAGGGGACAGAUGUUUUUCAACAGCUCAAUAUGAACUCUGCUCCUACAUUCAUGCAUUUUCCUCCGAAAGGCAGACCCAAAAGAGCUGACACGUUUGACCUUCAAAGAAUCGGAUUCGCAGCUGAGCAACUAGCGAAGUGGAUAGCUGACAGAACGGAUGUUCACGUUCGGGUCUUCAGACCACCCAACUACUCUGGCACCAUUGCUUUGGCCUUGCUAGUGUCUCUUGUUGGAGGUUUGCUCUACUUAAGAAGGAAUAACCUGGAGUUCAUCUAUAACAAGACUGGUUGGGCCAUGGUGUCUCUGUGUAUAGUCUUUGCUAUGACUUCUGGCCAGAUGUGGAAUCAUAUCCGUGGGCCUCCAUAUGCUCAUAAGAACCCUCACAAUGGACAAGUGAGCUACAUUCACGGGAGCAGCCAGGCGCAGUUCGUGGCAGAGUCGCAUAUUAUUCUGGUAUUGAAUGCUGCUAUCACCAUGGGGAUGGUUCUUCUAAAUGAGGCUGCAACUUCCAAAGGAGAUGUUGGGAAAAGACGGAUUAUCUGCCUAGUGGGAUUAGGCCUGGUGGUCUUCUUCUUCAGUUUUCUGCUUUCAAUAUUUCGUUCCAAGUACCACGGCUAUCCUUAUAGAAGGAAUCAUGACGCACAUUUGGUAAGAUUUCCACCUGCACGUUGUCGUAACUGGAGGAGCGGAGAUGGUGAGAAUUCAUUCCGAGAUCACAUUUUUAUUACGAAGCUCCACUUCUGCUGAAGGACACUGCGAUGGGUGUAUUCACGCUACAUUCGUUCACUUUUGGAGUUAGCCCUUCCUUCUCUGCUGGAGCUUAUUCCUUCCUCUGCCUUGCUUUAAGGAAUAAAUACUGGACUUUCUCAAGGGAGCCCUUUCACCAGUUCAACCUAUGCUUCUUUCUGAUGAAGAAAUAGAACCAAAAAAAAACCUAAACCCAUUGCUGUAGGGUUGAUACUGACUUACGGCAGCCCCACAGGACAGAGCAGAACUGCCCUAGAGGGUUUCCAAGGCUGUAGUCUUUACGAAAGCAGACUGCCACAUCUUUCUCCUGCAGAGCACCUGGUGGGUUCCAGCUGCCAACCCUUCAGUUAGCAGCCAAACACUUAACCACUGCACUGCCAGGGCUUCUUGAUGAUGAAGUCAAGGCCCUGUGUUUCCUUUCUCAGAGGUUUGGAAGACACUUUCUGAUGCUGUAAGGACUAGUGACAAAUAGUCACCAUACAUCACAUCUCUCCCACAUGUGAACCAGGCGCAUAUUUUGACAGAAUGUUGCUGUGUAGAUGAUGGCAGAAAAUCCAUAGCUUUACCUGGGGGCCAGAAUGGAUCAUAGGGAGGUCUGAUUUUGGGGUUGUAUGGAAGAAUAAGAGUCUUCAACCCCGUCGCUGUUUUCUCCUGGGAAGCAGAGGCUUAUUUACUGAUUCUCUUUUUCUCACACGCAUUAAAAAUAAAUAGUGUAUAAGAGAAUGGAAGAAAUGUGUUUAUCAGAUCCAAGCUGUGGGAUCAUCUGCCUUAAAUCCUGCCUGCAGCUUUAGUGAAUUUUUAAAAACAUCAAUCUUGAGGGUAACGAGAGUACUAAAGGCAAGUCUCCAGGUUAUUCAUGCUAUUAUUCUUGAAGUUAGAUAGCCGGCCAAUUUUGGUUUUGAAAAUGUAAAAUGAUCAACAUAAACAGAUUAAUACCUAAGAAAGAUGAAGUUAUUUGCUCCUCUUUCCUCCUACUGUAGAAUUAGGAAUCAUGGAUAUGUAUGGUUUAAGAGGUUUAGUUUAACAUGGAUGCAUUCUGUAUUGGAAUCUGUAUAUUAAGAGAAAUAUAGUUUAAAAAUCUUUCAUCCAAGAUGCCGCAAACACUUAAAGGAGUUCAUUUCAUUCUGUAGCAGUCAUAAUAUGUCAAAGGAAUUUAUUUUAUUUUUAUAAAUAGGUAAAUUGUAGUAAGGGGCAUUGUGAGAACCUUAGACCCCAUGUAGGUGACAUUGAGGAGGUGGGGGAAGGUAACGGAAGGUUUUGAAUUUCCCUUAUAUGUUCCUCUUCAUUCAUUCCCAGCAUAGUGGACUAUAUGAUUGUCUGAUUCAAAUGGCCAACACCAGUCCAUUUCAGCUCACUAAUGCUUAGGAUAUUGAUGUUUAUGCAUUCCAUUUCACUUUUGAAGAUUUCUAAUUUUCCUAGAUUCAUACUUCCUACAUUCCUGGUUCUGAUUAUUAAUGGAUGUUUGCAGCUGUUUCUUCUUAUUUUGAGUUGUGCCACAUCAGCAAAUGAAGGUCCCGAAAGCUUUACUCCAUCCACGUCAUUAAGGUCGACUCUACUUUGAGGAGGCAGCCCUUCCCCAGACAUCUUUUGAGUGCCUUCCAACCUGGGGGGCUCAUCUUCCAGCACUAUAUCAGACAGUGUUCUGCUGCUAUUCAUAAGGUUUUCACUGGCUAAUGCUUUUCAGAAGUAAACUGGCGGGUCCUUCUUCCUAGUCUGUCUUAGUCUGGAAGCUCAGCUGAAACCUGUCCUCCAUGGGUGAACCUGCUUCUAUCUGAAUACCGGUGGGAUAGCUUCCAGCAUCACAGCAACACACAGGCUCCCACAGUACAACAAACUGACAGACACGUGGGGGAAAGAGCAGCAUAGUGUCCUAGAAUUUUAGCACUGGAAAGGGCUAUGAAGAUCAUCUCACUCAAGCUCAUUUUACAGAUGAGACCAGGAAGGCAUCUCUAAGUAGAUGCAGAACAGAACCUCUGGGUCCCAGCUCAGCUCUGCCUGUGCUGUGUUAUCUUCUGUGUAUGCCACCUGAUUCCCAUAUUCCUAUAAGUAGAAAAUUGUCACAGAGUCAAAGUUGGGGAAAAAAGACGAAGCCCAAUGUACGUGGCCUUGGUAAUCUGAUAGCCAAAGAAUCUUAGAAAAAUGUUGACCACUAAAUACUUAUCCCAUCCUAUUGAAAUUUUUUGUGAGCUCCAGUAGCUCAAGAGGGGGAAGACAACUUUACUCAAGGAUGUUAUGAGUUUAUCUUGAUUUUUCCUUAUGUGUUAAACAAAGUUCGGAAUCAGAGAUCUACGAAGUGAAACAAAAUGAGAGGUACAGGAAGUCUAAGGGUCACUGACAAGAGUAGAGUGUUAAUUAAAUGAGGUAUAAAUUAUUUUUUACAUCUUACCCUUUGCUGAAUGAGCUACUGUAGUUUAUGUGGUGAAUCCUUUUUUAUUUUUCUUUCAAUUCUUUAUAAUAUUCUCUGUCUCCAAUCUCUUCAGGUCUUUGCCUUGAUUUAUAUUAUUUCUGUCGUAUCUGAAUUAUAUGACUUGGUUAUUCAGCUUUUCCACUCACCAUUUUGAAUAAUUCUCCUAGCUUAAUUAUCUCUUCCCGUAUCACAGUAAAGCCUUCGAAUAUUUCUCUUAAGCCACCUGAGAACUUUCACUUGUAUCGUCUUCUCUGCAAUCUGGCUUUUCCCUGGAUGGAAUGGUGACUCAUUCAUCAGGCUUCCAUAAGUCCCCAUGGUACCCAUAGAUCAUCCCACUCUGUGAUCGUUCACACUCAAAUUCCUUUGCUUCGUCAGGUUUCUACAGGAUACAUGUUCCCUUCACUGCGUUUACAGUGUCCCUGUCAGCCGCCAAAAUACAGUUUAGGGGAGCAUUAUGAGCCAAAAGGAUACCAAUUUUGCAUUUGAAAACUUAUUUUCUUUUGUUAUUCUAGCACACGGAUACAUGCUGAGGUUAUCUUCAUAAUGAUUGCUGUUGCUUUAGGUUUUGUUUUUAUUCCAUUGCACUAAUAAGAUUUCAGCUUAUUACUCAUAAAUUUUAUUAACGCAGACAGAUGAUCAUGGCAAUAAAUACAUUAUAAACAUCAAGAGCAAAUGUUACUAAAAGGGCUACAGAGAGGGUACACCAGAAGUUUGGUACAACCUUAAGUGCUAAAUUCUAAAAACUCGACAUUACCGGGAUAAAAUAUACAUCUGCACAACAACUAGUUCACUGUAGAAAGGGCAGAGGGGAUGGCAGGAGCAAGAGUGAGAGAGGGAAUAAAUGAAAGAGGAAAAUACUGCUGGGAAUUGUUGAAAGCUGAGAGACUGACGAAGAAGAAAAAGAGACCUACAUUUUCCAAAUGAAUUAUCCAAUGGGAAAAGCUGAGUUAUGCACGCAGCCUCAGCGAACACCGUUGCAUUCUCAGAAGCAUUUAUCUUGGGCACCAGCAUUUUAUUAUUGGAUUUUAAAGAAAAAUAUUGCUCAAACCAAAUAAAGGCAGUUUUGGGGGAGUGAGAAGAUGAAUUUUUGCAGGAAAACUGCAAAAACCUAUUCUGGAAGGUAUGCCCUGGUCUUGAGUACUUCUGAAAACACAUCUGUGAAUGCCCGUCUUCAAAGAGACUUAGUCCCUACUAUGUUGAACCACUUUUAUCUUCAACAAAAGCUGAAGAUAAUUCAAAAACAACUCCAUCUGUGAUCAACAGGAGACGCCAGAAGUUCAAGCUGGAUUCAGAAGCAGCUGUGGAGCGAGGGGUAUCGUUACUGAUGUCAUAUGGAUCGUGGCCAAAACAAAGAAUACAAGAAAGAUGUUUGCUUGAGUUUUAUCAACUAUGCAAAGGCCUUCAAUGAAAUAAUUGUAAAUACCUCAUAACAAAUACCGUAUAACAUUAUAAAGAAUGGGACUUCCAGAACAGUUAACUGUCCUCAUGCGGAAACUACAUGGAUGAAGAGGCACUUGUUUGACUAGAACAAGGGGUUACUACAUGGUUGGAAAUCAGAAAAGGUGUGCUGCAGAGUUGUACUCUUUCACCUUACUUAUUCAGUCUGUGUGCUGAACAGAUAAUCGGCAAAGCUGGACUGUAUGAAGAACCCAGCAUCAAAAUCGGAGGGAGACUCAUCAACAACCUGCAAUAUGUAGGCGACACAACCUUCCUUGCUGAAAAUGAACCCCUUCAAGCACUUACUGAUGAAGGACAAAGACUGCAGCCUUCAGUAUGAAUUACGCCUGAACGUGAGGAAAAUGAAAAUCCUUACAAUUGGAUCAAUAAACAACAUCAUGGUAAAUGGAGAAAAAAUUGAACUUUCAACAGUUCUACUUGGAUCAACAAUCAAUGUGCAUGGAAGCUGCAGUCAAGAAAUCAAAUGAUGUUUUGCAUGGGCCAAAUCAGCUGCAAAAGACCUCUUGAAGGUUUUAAAAAGCAAAGAUGUCACUUUUAUGACGAAGGUGCACCUGGCUGAAGCCAUGAUAUUUUCAGUCGCCUCAUAGGCAUGGGAAAUCUGGGCAUUGGGAAAGGAAGACAGAAGAAAAAUUGAUACAUUUGAAUUGUGGUGUUGGCGAAGAAUAUUGAAUAUACUGUGGGCUGCCAGAAGAAUGAACAAAUCCGUUUCAGAGAACAGCCAGAAUGCUCUUUAGAAGCAAGGAUGGAAAAUUUUGGCUCACUUACUUUGGACUUAUAGAGAAAAGACCAGUCACUAGAAAAGGACAUCGUGUUGGACGAGGGCUAGCAAAAACAAAGGAAACCCUACAUGAGAUGGAUUGAUACCAUAGCCACAACAACGGACUCAAAUAUGCCAGUGAUCGUGAAGAUGGCACAGGACCAGGCAAGGGUUCAUUCUCUUAUACAUAAGGUUGCCGUGACUCAGAAGUGACAAAGGCAACUCGUUGAACCAAAACCCUAGGGACAAAGAGCUAAAUCAAAUCUAACCUCUUAUAACACACACAUGCUGAAUUCGUCUUGCAAAGGGGAAGGAGGAUGGUUUUUUAACCAAGACCAUAUCCUUGAUUUCCCAGUUUAAUACAUGUAUACAUUAAACAGCAGAUGAGCUGCAAGGACCGACACACACCCUUCCUCAUCAUAGCUGCCAGGAAAACCUCCCAUUUCUGCCUGCUCAAAAAUACUGUAAUUUGGUUAAGGCUCUUAGUAAUUCCCUACUGAAAACAUACACUGGAACACAAGACCAUCUACCGAUUUAGAAAUCGCUCUUAGCUGUGGCCUUAGAGCCAUCGCCAAAGUACAUUCUUAAAUGUGAUGCUUCCGUC